UUCUGGCCCCAACCCAGCUCCCCUAAACAUGGUACUUUCUUCUUCCUGACUUUGGAGAAAGUCCGGAACUCUGAAGAGUUGUGAAGCUGAGUUCCUCUGCACUUCCCAAAAGAAGUCUCAGAACUACAGCUCCAAUAAAGACAUCCGAUAUACGUCCAAGAAUCACAGACUGAGAAAGAGCUCUACAAACUCCCAGCCCCAACACCAUGAAAGAUUUUCUAUGGCUAUUCAUUGUUAUUGCAACAGUAAUGGUGUUCCCAAUCUGCUUUUUCAUCAGGGAAAAUCCCUUUGAUACUACAAGUUUCCUAUCUUUGGAGGAAAACAAGAUGGUAGCUUGGCAGAGAGCCCGGAUGCAGAUCAACCCUGGCAGAACAAACCACUUGGAAACCUUCAAAAAUAUGCAGAAAAAGUUAGAACUGUUCAAAAACAUAAAUGCCCAAAUCUUGAUUGGAGCUCCUCCUUUGAAAAAAAAACUGCUGACCAUAGGGAUUGCCUCAGUUCAACAUUCCAGUGGGAGCUACCUCUUGGACACCCUGCAAUCUCUCUUCAUUGCUUCCUCCUCAUCUGAGCAGAAACACUUCACUGUCCUGGUACACCUGGCAGAUCCUGACCCCAAGUGGCUUGAUCAUAUGAUCUCCAACAUCUCAACCCUGUUUAAACCAUACAUCCAAGCCAGACAGCUAGUAGUGAUCAAUACACCUCGUAAAAACUAUCUUCUUUUAAAGGACCUUGAGAAAAACUUUCAUGAUACUCCAGCCUAUGUAGCCUUCCACUUCAAGCAGAACAUGGAUUAUGCCUUCCUCAUAAACUUCGCAACCAACCUCUCGGACUAUUUUCUGAUGAUCGAAGAUGAUGUGACAUGUGCUCCAGGAUUUGUCACCCAGAUAGCUACUGCAGUAUCUGCCUGGAGAAACAAACCUUGGCUGACUCUAAACUUCUCUCAGCUGGACUUCACUGGAAAACUCUUUCGUACUAGAGACCUUCCUUGCUUGGUUCACUUCCUUUUCCUCUUCUACCAAAAAAUGCACUGUGACUACCUCCUCACUCAUUUUCAUGACCUUCUCAUGGAACCAGCACCAAUCCAAUUCUUCCCUUCCCUUUUCCAGCGCAUGGGUAAUUACUCCUUCUUUGACAGCAAAUUCAAUAGCCUCAAAGAUAAAGAGAUUGAGGAAAAUGACCCGGGUUUUCCCAGCAACCCUGCUGCUUCCAUCUACACCAGCUUGAAGGUUGCCAAUGACUCUGUUCUCAUGAAUGCCUAUAGCUUGGAUAAGAGUUUCUUUUAUACCAAAUCAGCGGAGGCUGGCAAUCAUCUGACUGUGGUUUUGGAUGUACCUGCCAAAGUGUUCCAAGUUCAAGUGCUGACUGGCUCUUACCUAAAAGGCAAGAAUCGGCUGGAAAAGGGGCAAGUAGAACUGGGUUAUGAUGCUACUAAUAGGGUCAAUGACUGUGAUGACUAUAUUCUACUGGGGCUACUAGAAAAUGGUACCCUGAAUAAGCAGGUAUUAUCUGAUGAGUCUGGGAAGAAGGUAAAAUGUGUGAGAUUGCUUGUGACAGCCACUCCACCCUCUGGAAUAAUAGUCAGACACAUCAACCUAUGGAUUAAGUGAAGUUUAAUAAUAUUGAAGAAGCCAUUGGAAGUUCUGGGAAGGAUUGAGUUGGAGUUUAGAAUGUAUAGAGAUUUAAAAAAAUUAAAGUCUUGAAAAUUGGUCAAGGACAUCUCACUCUUAAGUUCUUUCAGGAUUUUUUUUUAAGAUUUUAUUUAUUUAUUUGACAGAAAGCAAGAUAUCACAAGUAGGCAGAGAAAGAGGGGGAAGCAGGCUCCCUGCUGAGCAGAGAGCCCUGGGUGGGGCUCGAUCCCAGGACCUGAGAUCAUGACCUGAGCCGAAGGCAGAGGCUUAACCCACUGAGCCACCCAGGUGCCUCUCUUUUCAGGAUUUCUAACACAGAAGACACAGCAUGUUGAAAGGCAGAGUGAAGGUAACAUCCUCUUGGUCCCAGAGAUCCACUGGUGGAAGAGGCAGGAUUUUUAACCCUUCCCUGUUUUUUUUUUUUUUCCCUGUUUUUCUAUGCAAAGGAUCUACCCUCCAAAAUUCUUCCCUUGGAGCAAGACUUCUAGAAGCAACAGGAACAUAUGGGUAGGACUGACUGGAUGCUCAUAUCCCAAGACUCUAGCAGUGCAUGAGAGAAGACAGAGGAUCUUUCCAAGAGCCAAGAAAUAGAGUCAUUAAAGGCUGCACUUCCCAUGUGACCAAAAAAAAAAAAAAAAAAAAAUAGCUGGUCAGGAGAGGAACAUGACUAUUUUCUCUGUGAUCUCAUUAUCCCAUUACAAGGCAGUCAUUCAUUUGAUAAAUAUUCAUUGUGUAACCUUUAUAUUAGGCACAGAUUUUUCUCCUACCUGAUCCCCUAAUAUGUCAGGGUAUUCCUUUUUAAAUAGCAUCAAAAUUAUUAAAAAUAAUUUUCUCUCGUU